AUGGCUAGGCUGCCAGGGUAUUUACAAUUGGAGGAUGCCAGGAUAGCAAGGAAGGCAGAAAACGACAAACACAAGGCUAAGAAGGCCGAGGAUACAACAGAGCGGUACAACAGAAACCAGGAUCGGGCCCCUUUCAGAGGGUUGCCCCCGAGGGUGCCUCCUCACCAGUCAGAAGGACCACCUCGCCAGCAGCGCACUGUGAAUGAGGUCAAUCGUUUUGAUGAGUAUACCCCCUUGAACAAAUCUCCGGAGGAGAUAUUUCAUUUAAUCAAAAAUCAGCUGUUUUUCCGGGCACCCGGCACUUAUCGGGAUGGGCAGCCACAACAGGGCCCUAAUAAUAAAUUGUGUGAAUACCAUAAUGCUUAUGGGCAUUACACCAAGCACUGCGGACAUCUCAAACAUCAGUUGGAGUUUCUGGUGCGCCAGGGUAACUUAGAUCAGUUCAUAGCCAAAAGAAACGAGGAUCAGGUUCAGAGACCAGAGCAGAGAAAUGAGCCCCGACAGGAUCAGGGGAAUAACAGGGAUCGUAGACAAGAGGAAAAUCGGGAUAACCGCAGAGGAGGAGCAGAGGGUCGGGUACCUCCCUUCCCAUACCGAAGAGAAGUACACAUGAUCUUUGGGGAAAAUGGGACACCUACAUCCAACAGGGCCAAGAAACAGGUUUCACGUGCAGUAAAUUCCGAGUAUUAUCCCAAGCAAGUUAUGGAGAUUACGGGCGCCGCAGAAGAGCCGAUCAUCAGUUUCGGGGCAGAGGACCUGCGAACGCUUAUGUAUCCACAUGACGAUGCGCUGGUUAUUACGGCAGACAUAGCCGGUUGCAUUGUUCAUCGCGUCUUCGUAGACUCGGGCAGUGCAGUGAAUAUUUUAUAUCUGGAGUGCCUCCAGAACAUGGGAGUUGAAGCCCACAUUGAACCAACAAACGCCCCGUUAUUCGGGUUCGGGAGAGAAAUGGUCAUGUCAAUAGGUUUUGUGGAGUUGUCGUUAAGCCUCGGCAAUGCGGAUGCCAGCAAGACCAAGGUAAUACAAUUCCUGGUAGUGGAUAUGCCAAAACCAUCCUACAAUGUGAUACUUGGCCGACCUGCCCUGACGACGUUCAGGGCAAUCAUCUCCAUGUUCCACCUGAAGAUGAAAUUCCCCAUCGGAGGGGGAAGAGUGGGAGAAGUAUGGGGUGACCAAAAAAUGUCGAAAGCAUGCCAUGUACAGAUGCUUACACACUCCUCGGGGCAGAAAAGGGAAAGAAUAACAGAGGGACCAGAUACCCGGAAAAAGGGAAAGGUGGGCGAAAUCACCGCUCCAGUAGAGGAGCGUCAGGAGUUGGCGGAAUUGUUAAAUGACCGGGAUAGUACAGAGAAAUCCGCGCUGGUCUCCACCAGCGAUGUAUGUAAUAUGAUAGAAUUAUUUCCUGGGCGAGAGGGUUUCCAGACCAAGAUUGGAUCUUCUAUGAACAACCAAGCCAGAGAGGAGCUAAUUAGCUGCCUGCGGAGAAAUACGGAUGUAUUUACCUUCAGCACGGCUGAUCUGAAGGGAAUAGAUAGAGGAUUGGCGGAACAUUGCCUUAAUGUGGAUCCGAAGGUUAAACCAGUGAAACAGCGAACAAGGUAUUUCGAUGCCGAGAAAGAUGCCGCGAUCAGGGAGCAGGUUCAGGGGUUGUUGGAUGCGGGCCAUAUUGAAGAAGUCCAAUAUCCAGAGUGGAUAUCAAAUGCUGUGAUGGUGGCAAAAAAGACGAAUAGUUGGCGUAUGUGCGUGGAUUACAGGGAUCUCAAUGCCGCCUGCCCCAAAGACCAUUAUCCUCUGCUGAGGAUUGAUCAAUUAGUAGAUUCCACAUCGGUCUGCGCGCUAUUGUCCAUGAUGGACGCAUACCAGGGAUACCACCAAGUAAAAAUGAACAGAGGGGACAUCGCUAAAACGGCUUUCGCCGUCUGCUAUGGGGUUUACGGUUGGAAAAGUAUGCCAUUCGGCUUGAAAAAUGCGGGGGCUACGUACCAGCGAAUGAUGGAAAAAAAUUUUAAAGAACAGCUUGCAAAGAAUAUAUCAGUUUAUGUGGAUGAUAUGCUUGUACGCAGCGUCAGAGCGGAGGACCAUGUCUCUGACCUGGAGGAGGUUUUCACGGUGAUCAAAAAACACCGGCUCAUGCUCAACCCAGCAAAGUGUACCUUUGGAGUCACCACGGGAAGGUUCUUGGGAUACAAAGUUACUCCUGCGGGAAUCGAAGUCAAUACAGAUAAGGUCAAGGCUAUCAUGGAUAUGACCCCACCCAGAGGAAUCAAGGAAGUGCAGACUCUGAACGGGCGAAUCACUGCUCUGAGUAGGUUCAUCUCGCGAACAGCGAAACGCAGCAUGCCAUUCUUUAAAAUUCUGAGGAAGGGAACCAAAUUUCAGUGGACAGCGGAAUGCCGGAUGGUAUUUGAGGAUCUCAAGGUUUACCUAGCGGAACUCCCGACUCUGACUAAGCUAGUCCCGGGGGAGGUAUUAUACUUGUACAUAGCAGUGGGGGAGGAAUCUGUCAGCUCUGUGCUCAUCAGAGAAGAGGGGAAUCACCAAAGGCCAAUCUACUUUGUCAGCAGGAUCAUCCAGGGCCCCGAAUUAAAUUACACGGAAAUCGAAAAGGCUGCUCUGGCGGUCAUGGUCACAGCGCGGAAAUUGAGGCCAUACUUUUUAUCACAUCGGGUUGUGGUGCGCACUGCUUUGCCCUUUAGACAGGUGCUAGGGAGACCGGAUCUAUCUGGGAGAAUGGUCAAGUGGGCCGUGGAAUUGGGGGAAUAUGACGUGGAGUACGAGCCAAGAACGGCUAUCAAGGCACAAGCUCUGGCAGACUUUAUCCAGGAGACUACUCAUCGCCCCGUGCAGGAGUUCUGGAUCGCUUUUGUGGAUGGAUCAGUCACCAAGGAAGGGUGCGGAAUUGGAGUAUACAUCAUCUCUCCAAGCUCGGAAGUAUAUCAAUUCGCCAUCAAAUUCACUUGCAGGAUGUCCAACAAUGAGGCCGAGUAUGAGGCCGUGGUCAGAGGAGCACAUAUCUUGUUAGAAUUACAGGCUGAAUGUGUUAUAAUCAGAACCGACUCUCAGUUGGUAGCUCAGCAAUUUUCAGGGAGUUAUCACAUUAAGGACCACAAGAUGAAAGCAUAUCGCUGCAAGAUCAAUGAAAUGAAGCAAAAGUUUAUGGAGUUUAAAAUCGAACAGAUUUCCAGAGAAGAGAAUACAAAGGCAGAUUUACUAAUACGAAUGGCCAGCGCCGUGGAACAGACUUGGAAUGACGAGAUCACGCUACUCUGUGAUACCAGAGAAAUGGGGACUUCACAAGUUUUCUCAGUGGAAAUUCGGGAUGAUUGGCGGGCCCCAAUUAUACACUUUCUUAAGACAGGGGAACAGCUGAGCAAAGAAUCUAAUCAGAGGGCUCGAUACGAGAAUUAUUGUUUGAUUAACGAUCAACUGUACAAGCGAUCUUUUACCCAGCCCUUAUUAAAAUGCUUAUCCCCUGAAUAA